UGUGUUAUGCGUUGCAGUGUAUGUAAGUUUGUGUAUUAUUUCGCUUGUGUUAUCAAUCUGAAAGAGUGCAUUCAAACAAGCUUAUCGAGGAAACAGUGGGUUUACGAGAUAGCUUCAUACAACAAGACAGUUCACAUUCACAACAAUGGCGAAGUUCCUAAAAUCAAUCUUCCAGCCAACGGAUAGGAGAAAGAGUACGUACGAGAACGAGGCAGAAGAGGAAAAGACUGAGACCUCGCCGAUGGGGACCAAACGUCAGCUGUCCAUAUCCAGGUCUGGGAGAAUGAGGCAGGCUAAUAAGAAGAGGCACUCUUUAGCACUAGAGCUUUAUGGUGAGACUAUACAAAUAGAUACAGUGGAGGCGCCGAAGUCUAUAGAAUACCACGUACAUAGCCCCAGCAGGACAGCUCCGGCAGACCUUGCUGUCACUCCUACGACUGGCUUCGGCAAAGCCAUUGUGGCUGAAGAUGCUACAGCGAUAAACGCAGAAGUACCAACCACUCUAGAAACACAUUUCGACAUCGACACAAGUGUAGUUGUACCAGCUACGUCGCCAGAGGAAGAAAUUGAUAGUGCAUUCGAAAUUAUAGACAAAUCGUAGCGAAUUGAACUUCUGAUAGUUUUGUUUUAUAUGAAUUGUGUUUUUGAAUUGAAGCCAGAUUUGCGUUAUCAAGUAUGGAUGAAAAUGAACUAAAAAGCGUUGUAACGAUUGUGAUAGUUUUGUUUGAUUUUCUGUGUUAAAUGUGGCGGCUUAUUAUUCGUGAUUGUUCGUAGUACUUCGUAAAGGUAUUGUAUUACGAUUUACGUUUAUCAAACUAAGGACCUUACGUGCACGAAUCUAAAUGUAAGAUGUAAAAAAUAUAGCAUAAUAACAGAAAAUUAAAACAAUACAUCAAUGACCGAGAUUUAAAAAAUAAUAAUCCAAGAUAAAAUUCUCUUGUGUUUUCCAACAUUAAUUCACAAUAAGAUAAAUACAUAAUUGGAUUUGUACGCAUGUACCAUGUUUAUGAACUUUGCUUUGUUUUAGCAUAGCCUUGAAGUCAAAAUAAAUUAAUAUUACUUGUUAAAGAUAACAUUGGUAAUCGUAAAAUCAUUGAUCAUUCUUACAGAUAAGUAGUGAAAUUAUUUUAUUUGAUGAAGUGCGAUACAAAUUGGGUUUUCGAUAACUUCUGACAGGAGCAGAAGUUUAUUUCGAUAUUUUUUGGAUACACAACCAUCUUUUCUAUUAUGCGGUAUAGUAACACCUUUACUCAAUUUGUUAACUAACUUAGAAAAGAUUAGCAAUUGUCUAAAAGAGAUUACAAAUCUUGGUGUCUUUUUGUUGGGAAAAUGCUAUGGCCAGUUCUGUUGUAAAAGCAAGAAGGAACACAUAUUAAGCGCCGUCUUACUUCAACAGCGAGAUCAUAAAAAAGGCUUUGACGGUAGAAUUUAACAUAUAUUUUAGGUAGUCUGGUGUAAUCAAAUAUGCUAUCUCAAAACGUCGAUAAUAUGUCUACCAUAAACAAAUGUUAUAAUAUAUUGUGCAAUAGCUUAAAAGACUAGAAGCCAGUUUAUUUAAUUUGAGGAUUAAAUUCUAGACAGUUUCAACUUUCAGACGUAGGUAACACGGAAACUGAUAAAAUUGCAAUAUUGUAAAAGUUAGAUUUAGAUAAUACAUGUAUACGUGACCUUUUUGAUUUUAAUUCAGCUUAAUUUUAUCUUGAAUGACUGCUGUAUUUAAUGCUAUCUUAAUUUUUG